AUGAGCUCGAGCGAGAAGUGGACUUGUCCGCGAUGCACGUACGAGAACUGGCCACGUACGCUGAAAUGCACGAUUUGCGGACUUGGCAAAGUUCCGCAACUGAUCGAAGAGGAGGCCGAGCAGCAGCGGGCCGUGACCCCCCCGCCCGCGCCCACACCUUUACACACCAACCAGAACAAUUCCAUUUCCACAAAUAAUGCUGCCCCGUGCUUAGGAAAUCAACAGCAUCCGACCGGAAGCAUAGAGUCGCUCAGUGGAUCCGUGGGUUCGCUCUCAAUCGGUGGAGGGCAAACGCAACCACCGGCGAAAUGGUCGUGUACUAAGUGUACCUACCUUAAUUGGCCCAAGAGCGGUCGCUGCGUGCAAUGUCGAUUCCCUCGAGCGACGCCAGCCUCUCCAACACCUCCGUCGUUGACUCGGAGCCCGUCUCCGACGACCCGAAACUCACCUGAAGCCUCGACGAGUAACAUCGCAGGCGCUAGCGGCAUGCAAAUCGAUCUAUCAAAUCCUAAGUGGGCGUGCCCGACCUGCACAUACAUGAAUUGGCCGAAGAGUCAGCGAUGUGUUAUGUGCAACACAAAUCGACUGAAUAAUCUGAACAAUCAGACACACAACCAGCCCGGAUCACCUUUGAAACCAUCGUCGGUGAAUCGGUCCACAUCUCCGCCUGUGAUUAUCGAGACAGGUAGACCAGCCGGCGCAAUGGCCAUGCUGUGCGGUGAAAACGAAGAAGCAGAGCCCAACAAUUACCUCUCUACCUUACGUUCGACGAAUCGGAAAUCUAUUUCGUCUGUGGACAAGCUCUGGCUCAAUGCGUGCCUUGGCGUCGUCGAGGGCCAUUUGGAGCCUGUGUUGCGUUACCUCGAUUCCGGGAGCAAUUGUCUGAGAGUGACAACGCACUUGGAUGCUCAGCAUCUCAGAGCUCUCUGGUUGCAUCAUCAGAAGUCCGGUUCAUUACAAAUCGAGCCAGGACAGUCGUUGAUAUACCUGUGCAUCAAGUAUAAACGCGACGAUAUUCUCAACCAUUUGUUAACAGUGACAGAAAACGCUCCUGUCGUCCCGAAACGAGUUCCUUCUGAAGUGUGUCAAGACAUCGCAGCGGAUAUUCGGCGGCACGUCGCCGCGUCUUUCAAACAGCGCAGAGGCACAGACUUCGCUUGUUAUUUUGUUACGGACAAUGUGACGUUCUCAUUGCCAUCUGAAAUCGAACACCUUCAUCCUUCCGUCCAAAAUGUUUUGUUCGAUGAACUGCUCGACAAAGACGUUCAGAAAGAAUUGGAAGCCGAACCCGUCAUCAACUGGAGUAUCGAACUGACUCAGCGCCUGGGCUCUCGACUGUACGCGCUCUGGAACCGCUCGGCGGGAGACUGUCUCCUCGACUCGGUCCUACAGGCGACGUGGGGAGUGUUCGACCGAGACAAUACGCUGCGGCGAAUAUUAGCCGACAGUUUAUGUGACGCGGCCGCUGUUCUUUAUCCCAGAUGGAGGGAGGCGGAAGCUUGGCAGGCCAACCUGAUGCACUACUCAUUGGCUGAAACCCAAUGGCAAGAAGAUUGGGCGAUUCUCGUAUCCUUAGCCUCGCAGCCAGGAGCCGCGCUCGAACAGCUGCACAUCUUCACUUUGGCGCACAUUUUCAGACGACCCAUAAUCGUUUACGGAGUUAAGUGCAUAAAAAGCUUUCGCGGCGAGAAUCUCGGCCUCGCCCGCUUCGAAGGAAUCUACCUCCCCUUGCUCUGGGAAUGUCCAUCUUUCUGUUGGAAGAGUCCUAUCGCGCUCGGGUACACGAGGGGUCACUUCACCGCCUUGGUCCCUAUUGAGCCGCCGGAGAUGGACGUGAUCGCUCGCGGAGGAGCUCACUCGACGCAUCGACAAGAAGACAUAAUCUACCUUCCACUGAUGACCACCGAAAAGCAGCUGCUCCCGAUCCAUUUUCUAACGGAAAAAGAGAUCGGACGCGAGGAAGAACUCGUGCGCGAAUGGUUGGAUUUCCGAAUCACGGAAGGGAAUAUCCUCGUCGCCCUGCAACGACUUCAACCCCCGCUGAGGAGACCAACUCUCGUGAAUCAGAUGCUCGACGAGUGGCUUCACUACUAUCGCAACCUUUCUCUCGGUAGGAACGCGACCAACGCCAGACUCAAUCAACUGCUGGUGAUGGCGAACGAGCGACGGGACCGGAACAAUCAGAGUCCCCCUCAUCAGCAUCCUGGCGGGGGUACUCGGCAGCGACACCAGUCUUCCCAGCAACAACAUCACGACGCAGUCAGCGAAUCCGAUUGAGCCGGACUUCACCUACCCCUCUCUUGCAU